GUGGUCUAUGCCAACGCUUAUGCUAUAGCUCAUGAUGAGCGGGUCUACAAAAACCCCCACAAUUUCAAUCCCGACAGAUAUGAAGCUGGGGAACCGUUUCCUGUUGGGAAUUUUGGAUUUGGGCGCCGGUACGUGACAGGCCAACCCCAACAGAGACGCGUGCCACGGCUUUGAAAUCUAGAGCGAACUAAUCACUACUAGGGUCUGUGUCGGUCGAUUUCUGGCUGACAAUAGUGUCUGGAUCAUGGUAGCAACGAUGUUGUCCGUACUUCGGUUUUGCAAGAAGAUGUCUUCAGACGGGAAGCCCAUUGAGCCCCGAGUCCAAUUUACCAAUGGAGGAACCUGUCACCCUGAGCACUUUGACUGUGUCAUCAGACCACGAAGUCUUGCAACAGAGGCACUUGUCAACAGCGACUAGGAAUAGCGACCAGCGAUCCCUCCUAACAGCUUGGAAGAGUAAUAUAGGAGGUUGGAACAGGUAUCAAGUAAGUCAUGCUCAGUGUGUCUUGCGAUGACUGGCCAAUCCUCACAUGCUGUAUGGAAGCAUGACAAGUACUCAUGUGCCCAUCGAUAUCAGAAAACAAACGCAAAUAUUAUACUGUUUCACUGCAACCUGGCACUGGUAGAUAUCGGGUCGUAUCUAUUGAUAGACACCAACAAAGUCGCAAACUGUUGCCAUUUCUGGAAUUACCCUUUCCUUUUUCUUGCUCAGCACAUUAUAGUAUGUGGUAAUGCUGGCUCUCUUCCCAUUGGACUGGCUGUACCCAUGGCUUACUUCGACCUUGACGAUUCUCUGCAAUAAAGAUGCUUGAAGCAGGCCGCAAAGGUCACCAUGGCUGCGGUUUCCCAAGACUGGUAGUCUAUUUUAGCCGAUCCACAGGGCCCUGAUGUUCAAGAAGGGUCUCAAUUGGUUCGUGAGGGAACCUUUUGAGACCCUUGUCGAGGUGGGGUAUCUCGGCAGAGUCAUUCGCUUGUGUUGUGUUACCUCAGCCCAGCUCGUUGGUAGUCGAGUCAAAGCGCAGGAUUAUCAAGGCAGUAAGUGAUACGUCUCUCAGUCAGCUCUGUGGCCACGACUCGUUGUCGACUUAGUGCAGCAAGAGGCACCACUCACUGGCGCCCAAUUCCCACACUAUUGCAAAGGACCAUGUCUGUUUAUGGUAACAGCAUGUAUAGUGGAUGGG